AUGUCUUACGAUAAAAAACUAGUUGAUCUAGCAAUUAAACUAUUUUCGAUAGAUGCUGUAAAGUUUGGAGAGUUUACAACGAAGAGCGGCAUCAAAACACCUGUUUAUUUUGAUUUGAGGGUUAUAGUCAGUUAUCCUGAUGUUAUGGAAUCAAUAUCAAACCUGUUACUAGAAGUUGCAAUGAAAGAUCUAAAGUAUGACCACGUGUGUGGAGUGCCAUACACAGCUUUGCCUAUCGCGACAAUCCUCAGCAUACUGACUAAGAAGUCUAUGCUCAUGAGACGAAAAGAAACAAAGGCGUAUGGAACUAAGAAAUCGAUCGAGGGGCAUUAUAAAGCUGGCCAGUCAUGCUUAAUAGUCGAAGAUGUGGUUACGUCUGGGUCAAGUGUGUUGGAAACGGUGCGAGAUCUACGUAAAGAAGGAUUGACAGUCACAGAUGCAGUAAUUAUAUUGGAUAGGGAACAAGGCGGUAGCAAAAAUCUUGAAGUUGAUGAUGUGCAAGUCAAGUCAUUGUUUACAAUGUCAUCUCUGAUUGAUAUUUUGGUAAAAAAUGGAAAGAUUACUGAGGAGACUGUGACUAAAGUGAAGUUGUACUUGAAAGAGACACAGGCUCCAGUCAUUGAAAAGCCAUUGGACAGAAUGUCGCUGACUUAUGAAAAGCGAGCUGAACUCGCUAAAAAUGGGGUGGCUAGACAGCUAUUCAGUAUAAUAGCAACAAAGAAAACCAACUUGUGUCUGUCAGUUGAUUUGACAUCGGCUACGAAGAUCCUGGACCUUCUAGAAAAAGUUGGUGAACAUGUUUGUCUCGUGAAGACUCAUGCAGACAUCAUUGAGGACUAUACUAGUGAUUUCAUCACUAGAAUCAAACAACUGGCAGAUAGAUUCAACUUUUUGAUACUAGAAGAUAGAAAGUAUGCUGAUAUUGGUCAUACUGUCUCUCUGCAGUAUUCCAAAGGCCUGUACAAAGUAGGGGACUGGGCUGAUUGUGUGACUGCCCAUUCUCUGCCUGGUGAAGGCAUACUGAAAGCUCUCAGUUCAUCAAAUGGUGUCAAUCGAGGAGUUUUUCUGCUGGCUGAAAUGAGCAGUGAGGGAAAUCUAAUAACACCAGAUUACAAAGAAGCAACCGUGGCCAUGGCAUCAAAAUAUCCAGAAUUGAUUACUGGGUUUGUUUGCCAAAACAAAGACACUUUCAAAGAUCCAGGUCUUAUACAGCUAACCCCAGGAGUACAGCUGGAGAGUAGCAAAGAUGAUUUGGGCCAGGUCUACAAUACUCCGGAGAAGGUCAUCUUGGAGAAAGGAGGUGAUGUGAUAGUUGUGGGGAGAGGCAUAGUGGCAGCCAAAAGCCCAGAAGCUCAAGCAGUAAUUUACAAAGAUACUCUGUGGAAAUGUUACUUGAAGAGAGUCUCUGGAAAACUAGAAUAA